AAGUACCUUGUCAUCAACGACCCUCAAAGUUUUCUCGGGAACUUUAACCUUGCGCAAAUUAGCUUCGAAAUGGCAGAUUGGGGUCUGAUCAACUUUGUGUCUGCCGGAGUUGAGCAUGGCCUUCUCGUUAAAGAACUCUUUGAUGGAAAGAGGGCCUCUGGAGCAAAGAUGGAGUGCUUUGGAAGAGGAGAGACAGACUGUCUGUAAAGAACUCAACGGCAUGGUCAAGGCCUGGAGGUCGAUAGAACAGUCUGACAAGUCCUGUAGCCUAAAUAAUCAACCGCUAAAUGACAUAUUUCUUUCCAACCACGGAGACUUGACUGGCCCAUUCCAUAGUGACGUGGUCCAGAAAUUUCAGGAUGGCUACGAUAUCGAGAUCGACGAGGAUGUGUCUGUGGACUUCACGCAUAGCGACCUUGUGCCCUCUAAGAUCCUUACAUCGUCCGGGCCAAAUCCAAUAAUAGCUGCCGUCCUUGAUUGGGGCCAGGUAGGGUGGUAUCCUGCUUACUGGGAGUAUUUCAAGGCACGUCGCGUCAGGCCGAAUCCUGAAGAUUUUGACGAUGACCUGGAUGAAGAGUGGAAUACGAAAUACCUACCGACUAUUAUUGAUCCAGUCGAUGAGACGGUGUAUCACCCUUAA